GCUCUAUGUCCGCCUCAUUCAAAGCUCUCGGCUCAUGUGUCUCAGCAGCGUUCCUGACAAUGCAUUGUUCCGAGCUUUCGUCUUCGUUUCCGAGUCUUCAAGGCUGUUAUACUUGGCCCAAGACUAUUUUUCAACGACGUUGCCAGGCCAGACGGCAAAUACUCGCUGAAAACUCGUUUAUAGCCCUCCUUCGCACAUUGCAACACAUGGAUGGCAUACUCACGAGCGGCUUUUACCCACUCUCAUUUCCUGGCUUAAAUACCCCAGAGCGUCGUUGGAAGGCUUUCAUCGGUGCCAUUCUCAGUGCUUGUCAUCGUCAAGACCUGCUCCUGUGGAAAUCAUGAAGCUUUCCCCCACCUUCGUCGCUCUUGCGCUCGCGGCUGUCUCGUUCGCGAACCCCGUCUCCCGGGCCAGCUCCGGCUAUGUCCAGGCUUCCGGACAGGCGUUCACUCUCGACGGCGCGGCCUACACGGUCUACGGUGAAAACUCCUACUGGGUCGGGCUUUCGGGGUACUCCACCACCCAGAUGAACCAGGCGUUCUCAGACAUCGCCACCGCCGGUGGCACGACCGUUCGCACCUGGGGCUUCAACGAUGUGAACGCGACGGUCGUAUCCAACUACCCUAUCUACUACCAGUAUUUCGAUGGUGCAAACGCCACCAUCAACACCGGGGCUACUGGCUUGGAGAACUUUGACAACGUUAUUGCUGCCGCGAAGGCCAACAACAUAAAGCUUAUUGUCACUCUGACCAACAACUGGAGCGACUACGGUGGCAUGGAUAUGUACGUCAACUCGAUCCUUGGCUACGGGCAGCCCCACGACUACUUCUACUCCAACUCCGAGGUUAUCACUGCCUACAAGAACUACAUCAACGCCUUCGUCUCCCGUUACGUUGACGAGCCGACGAUCUUCGGCUGGGAGCUCGCCAACGAGCCGCGCUGCACCGGUACCACGAGCGCGACCUCGGGCACCUGCACGACGACGACGAUCACCACCUGGAUCGAGGACAUCUCCUCGUACAUCAAGUCCAUCGACAGCAACCACCUCGUCGGCCUCGGCGACGAGGGCUGGUUCAACUGGACGAACACUACCGACUUUGCCUACACUGGCUCGCAGGGCAUCGAUUUCGACGCCAACCUGGCUGUCAGCUCUAUUGACUUUGGGACGUUCCACCUGUACCCCUUCACCUGGGACGAGACCACACCAAGUGCCGACGUGUGGGGCCAGGGCUGGAUUGAGAACCACCGCGGCGCCCAGGCGACGUACAACAAGCCUGUGAUCAUGGAGGAGUUUGGCGUCCUUGCCGACCAGAACCAGACCCAGACCUACAAGGACUGGUACUCUACCGCCAUUACCGACGGUCUCUCCGGUGUUCUCAUUUGGCAGGCUGGAUCGAACUACUCGAGCGGAAAUACUCCCGAUGAUGGCUUUGCGGCAAGUGUUUACCCCGGGACUGACCUUUACGAGCUUGUGCAGACAUAUGCCGCCGAGAUCAAGGCGCGGGACGGCACUUCUUAA